CCCAUGUGAGCACAUUUGACGGGUGGAUGUUCCUGCACAGUGGCGCCUGCCAGUACGUUUUGGCGAAGAGCCGGGGGAGUAGUCGCUUCACGCUGACACUGCAGUAUGUUCCCUGCGGAGAGGGUCAGGAGUAUGCCUGCAUGCACUCAGUCACGCUAGUGGUGGAAGAGGACGUCAGUCGGCAAGUGACGCUCACCAGGGAGGGAGAGGUCCUGAUCGGCAUCAACCAGGCCACCAACCUGCCCUACAGCGACGAUCUCUGACUGCCUCAUCCAGGGCUACCAUGAGAAGUACAGCCCCAGGAAGCAGGAGAUGCAAGCCUUCAACAUGCUGAAGGUGUCCUUGGCUCCCUGCAUAGAGGCCUUGAUACUGCUGGAUCGCCUCUGCUACCUGAAAGAGCAGGAGAACACGUGUUUUUCAGCCUUGGUGCCUCUGAUCCGCUGAUGUCACCGCGCUACGGAACCCUCGCCUUAAAAAACGGAGCGAGCGAAUGUUCCAAAAACAAACAUUCCUAAAUCUUGUUUCCUUACUGUUUCCCCCCAUUAUGGUCCGCUACCAUCAGGAGAAACCUUCCAAGUCAUAUUUCGUGACAGUUUCAUGAAACGCAUCUUUGAGUUCUCUGCCACAUCCUGUGACUCAGGACUGAAAAUGACAAUUUGCUGUUCCCUCGUCACAUUCCGACUGUUCUCUCCUGAUGUGGCCCUUCUGGACAGCACAUCAGAAAUUCUCCUUACUGCCCUAAGAAACCAGUUUCUCUUCAGUUUCCUGGGGAUUAGUCCAUUCGGUUUUGUUAUUAGUUUGUUUAAUUCCCACACAUAGAGGGCUCUUAAUGGAUUCAGCAGUGAUGCAGCACAUUAAUCUGUUUUUAUCUGUAUCAGUCCUAAAUACUGCACAUUAAAUA